UAACCAUCCAUCUAUCGUUCUAACCAUUGCUCUAUCCAUCCAUCCAUCCAUCCAUCCAUCAUUCUAUCUAUCUACCAUCCAUCCAUCUAUCAUUCUAACCAUUGCUCUAUCUGUCUAUCUAUCCAUCCAUCCAUCCAUCCAUCUAUAAAUAACGUUUGAAACUAUGAACUAUAUGAAUGUCCUUCUGAGUUCUGUUGUAAUUAGAGCUUCUCUCCGCGAGGUGUCGCGCUUGAAACACGCGCGUGAGUGCGUCAUUGCGUCAUCAAGGCGCGACACACAGAGCUGAACUUCAACCUAACCCAUGAAACCCGUACAGAGUUCUUCUGGUGAGAAGCUGUAUUUAUCUGCCCGCUUUAAUAAGACAUAAAACCUGCGAGGCGAUGAGCGUCCGGUCCGAGCUCCUGGAGCGUUUCCUGGACGCGGCGUCUCGAGGAGACGGUCAGACGCUGUCUCUCAUGCUGUCUCAGUCCAGAGAGCUGCUGGACGGCCGAGGAGAACGGGGCUGGAGCGCUCUGAUGCUGACCGCCAGGAACGGUCACUACGACGCCGCCCGAGUCCUGCUGACCAGCGGAUGCGAUACGAGGGUCACUAACCCCUCGGGUCAGACGGCUCGAGACGUGGCUCUGUUCUGGGGUCACAGACACAUCGUCCGUCUUCUGUCUCCGGGUCACGACCUCCGAGGCGCGGAGGAGCCGGACAUUCACUUCAACAGAGAGAUCCUGGAGCGGGCGAGCGAGAAGCGCGGUGACGGCGAGUGGCUGGCGUCCAGAAGGGCGUCUCCGGACUCCGUGUUCCUGCUCUUCCACGCUCUGAGUCCCCUGGUGAGGCCCGGGGCCCGGUCCGAGGAGCGCGUGGAGCUCUGUAAGCUCAGGUCCGGCGGCGUCCAGGAGCUGCUGACCCACAGCCGGACCCUGGAGCUGUUCCUCGGGGUGCAGAAGGGCCCGGAGGUCGACGGGGGACCGGCGUGGUUCGCUCUCGGCACCGAAGACGAUCCGUCCGAGCUCCUCAAGGACCGAGACCCCAGCAGUUACUUCCUUCAGGGAACUCUCCCGGGACUCCUGCGGCUGAGUGAUGAUGAUGCUGGUGUGUUGGCUCAGGCCCGGUCUCUCCUCGCGUGGCACAGCCGGUACCGCUUCUGUCCGACCUGCGGCGGAGAAACCAGAGUCGAGGAGGCCGGCUACAAGAGGACCUGUUUGAGAGCAGGCUGCAGGAGCCUCCAGGGCGUUCAUAACACCUGCUACCCGAGAGUGGAUCCUGUGGUCAUCAUGCUGGUGCUGCACCCCGACGGGAAGCAGUGCAUGCUGGGACGCAAGAAGAUCUUCCCCCCGGGGAUGUUCUCCUGCCUCGCCGGCUUCGUGGAGCCAGGAGAGACUCCGGAGGCGGCCGUGAGGAGGGAGGUGCAGGAGGAGAGCGGUCUUCAGGUGGGACCCGUCCGGUACCUGUCCUCUCAGGCCUGGCCUAUGCCCUCCUGCCUGAUGAUUGGCUGCCACUGCGUCGCCGUGACGACCGACAUCAAAGUGGACCAGAACGAGAUCGAAGAGGCGCGCUGGUUCACCCGGCAACAGGUGAUGGACGCUCUGGUGAAGGACCAGCGGGCCGUGUUCGUCCCGCCGCCCAAGCAGGCCAUCGCUCACUACCUGAUCAAACACUGGGCCGGCUGUAACGCUAACCUCUGAACCCUUAUUAAUCAAAUUGAUUUAAACUAACAUCCUGCGGGGAUAUAACUUCAGUUUAAUUGACUGUAUAUUUUGUAUCCUUAUAAUUGUAACGUUAUCUUUAUUGAAAUCAUACACACACUGGCUAAAUACAUUAGAUUAUGAUAUUAAACGAUAUAUGCAUUAUAUUAUUGCUACAUUAGAUUACUUUGACCUUUUCUCUGCUUUGAAGCUGUAUGCGCCGAUCAAAUACACUUGAACUGAAUUAAACACUGUUUUCCUUAAACAAUCAAA